AUAUGAUAAGAAACUUUUUGAGGUCCCAGAUUUAGACCUAGAUGUAGACGUAAGUCCAUGUCUAGUUGGAGACUUUAACGAUGUGUUGCCAGGAAAUGUCUGCAGUGCUGUGUCUACUGGUGGUCUGCUUUCUCCAAGUCAACAAAGUCACAGCGACGGACAAACGUGCUGCUGUUUGUUUUGAUAGACUUGGCUGCUUUGCUACUGAAGGUCCAUUUGGUAUAAGUUUAGAAAGACCUUUGGUAUUGCCUCCGGAAAGACCAGAACAAAUAGGAACCAUAUUCCAACUCUAUACAAGAGACAGAUCCAAUUCCUCACUCAAUCUUCCAGCAACACGUCUAGAUGACCUGACUACAGUGUGGGCUCAAUUUAAAAACAAACCAACCAAAAUUUUGUCUCAUGGUUUUAUCGAUAAUUCUAAUGAAACUCCUUAUCAAAGGAAUCUGAAGGACGAGUUACUGGCACAUGGUGACUAUAAUGUCAUUAUUGUGGACUGGUCAAAAGGGAACUCUCCACCCUACACCCAGGCAACAGCCAACACGAGAGUCGUGGGCGCUCAGAUAGGCUUGUUGGUAGAUGAACUCAUAAAAAAAAAAGGUAUGUCUGCUUCAGACUUUCAUCUCAUUGGUCACAGUCUUGGAGCUCAAAUUUCUGGUUAUGCAGGAGAACGAAUACCUGGUUUAGCACGCAUAUCUGGCAUCGAUCCUGCUGGCCCCUACUUUGAGAAUACAGAUCCUGUAGUAAGACUUGACCCAACCGAUGCUGUCUUUGUAGAUGUCAUACAUUCUGAUGGAGCACCAUUAGGACUGCUAGAACUAGGUCUGGGUACCAAGCAAGCUGUAGGCCAUCUUGACUUUUUUCCAAAUCUUGGUCGAGACCAGCCCGGCUGUACAAGAAAUCCUUUCACACAAAUAUCUCAAUGGGGAUUGGUGGAAGGUUCUAUAGAGACAUUGAUUUGUAAUCACAUGAGAGCUUUUCAUUACUAUGUAGAAAGUAUAAACACCAGAUGUCCAUUUGUUGGUUAUCCGUGUAACAGUGAACAAGACUUCACUAAUGGUGUGUGUAAUGUUUGUGGUACUGGAGGAUGUCCCUACAUGGGUUUUCAUGCUGACAGAAGCAAACCAAGCCCAGGACAACGACGUAAAAUUUAUCUGACAACAGACAACCACCGACCAUUUUGCAUGUAUCAUCUUGAACUGACAGUAAAGAUGAGUUCUAUAAGUGGUCAGUCAGAGCAAGGAUAUAUUACUGUAGAUAUAGUGGGCGAUCAAGGCAGUACUAACGAUGUUCGUCUAAAUUCUGUUGUGACGGAAUUUGAAGUCGGGAAAGAAUAUCAUUUCUCUGUGCCCACUCCAUCAGACAUUGGCAAUGUUCAGUCGGUGAAAUUUUCCUUCGUACAAGUUCCUCCACUUCUGAAUGUGUUCCAGUGGAAUCUUCUUGGCCUGAGACAUCCAAAACUUUAUAUAGAUGAGAUUGAUGUCUUCUUUCAAGAACAAAACAAAAAAUUGCGUUUUUGUUCUACUGGUUUGAGUGUAGAAACUGACCAUUCAGUGACCAUCUCUAGACAGUGUUAAAUUGCCAACUAUCAACUGCUGUUAUAUUCUUAAUAUCUGAUAUCUUACAUCUUGCUAGCAAAAAAAAAGUUUUGUUUGAAAUUUUAAAAAAUAAUUAAACUCCGCAUAAAUGAAUAAA